GGCGCCAUGACCCCAUCAAGGCUUCAAGGGUUCCUUUGCCAAGUCUUGGCCACCACGUGGAGAACGGCAAGAUCACCCCGUUUGUGUCAUUCUCUGAGGAAAACAAGUUCUUCUCAAGGAGGAAAGUCUGAACUUGUCAAACAGUCCCUUAAGAAGCCAAAGUUACCAGAAGGUCGUUUUGAUGCACCAAAGGGUUCCCACUUAGAGAAAGAACCACUGGAAAAAUUUCCAGAUGAUGUUAAUCCAGUGACCAAAGAAAAAGGUGGACCCAGAGGCCCAGAACCUACACGAUAUGGAGAUUGGGAACGAAAAGGACACUGUAUUCAUUUUUAAGUCACAUAUUCUUUAACCUCAGUAUUGUUUUCUGAAUACGUACAUCUGAAUUAACUUAAAAAAAAAAAA